GGUCGGGUUCCACAGGUAUACCCGGUUGGAAGCGAUUUUCAAUCUCCCGCCCCUUUCCCAUCCCUUUCCAUGACCCUCUGGCUUCUCGGAAACUCACAAAAUCCACAGAGAAAUCAAAUCAGCAGGAGGACACAAAAAUGGAAAUGGAGAAAGAUAGUCGUGAAAUUGGAAUUGGUUAUCGACACAAAAAGUUGGAAACGUCGUUUAAGCUUGGUCUACACGGCCUCCUCACCACUUGCUCCAAAGAGGAGUUCUGCAAAAGAUUUCCAAGAUUUACCCAGGCUGAACAAGAGCGUCUUCAUCGGCUAUAUAUCAAGGUUAUUGUGUCAUUGCAUCAGAAUAUUGAGGAUGAGUUUGAAAUUCUGUGUGAGGAGACCAAGGUGGGAAACAUUCUUGAUAUCGUGGAGGAACUUGUAGAAGAACAAACCCUGGAUCCUCUUUAUCCUCAUAAGUCAAAUUUGAAAGACGUUGCACAAGUGUUGUCCACUAUAAAAAAGAAUGAGAUCCAAAAGCUUGCAACUAUGCUGGAAAAGACAGAAGCUGAGAAUGAAGUCUUGAGAAGCCGUGUUGAACUCUUACGGAAACAAGUACAAGGUGCAUCAAAUGCUCUUGAAAAGAUGUAGAUGGGCAUGUGAUUUAAGGAACAAAAAGUUGCUACCAAAGCAUCAACAUUCAACACUUCUUGUGUGAAAUGAUAUUGUCCUUUGUUGUUUCAAACAAUACUAUUGUUUCCUUGUUUUUACUUGAGUCCUAUCAUGCUUGAUAUUAUGCUUUGUUCUAAUGCUUUUUCACAAUUUUCAUUGAUAAUGUGGGCCAUUGGUUCUUUCGAGUCUAAAUAGUCUCAUUGGAGAGAAGUAGAAGAAUAGGAAUUUACUUACAUUUAUUUACUUAUAAUAGCAACCUAUUUUCCAUUUUUUUUUUCAAAUGGAUAAAACCUCC